UUGGCGUUUGGUGUCUACCUGAUUUCAACGUCGGGCGGUAACGUGGACGCCUCCCACGUCAAGUUGCACGCCGGCAUGUAACUUCGUUAUCGACUCUUUUUUCCCGUAGUAGCAGUACAGAAAUAUCUGUAUCUUGGAGCGCUAUCAUCGCCUGUCCCUGACGGAGUCCUACACGUUGUGCUUUCCUGAAGAUAAGCUGAGCACAUUCGAAGCCUUCGACUGCAAGAAAAGAAAAAAACGUUCAGCAAGUGCCGUUCUGUUUUAGGCAUCAACAAGCCUUCAGAGUAGUGCUGGCUCUCCCUCAAGACGUUUUUCCUGUGCUGCAAAGUUGCCUGCCGAUGCAUCGUCGCGGACGCAAGAAAAAAGUCAUAACUGCCGUUUAGGUGCUUCCACUAACGUGAUCUCACAAAGCGAAGGUUUUACGCCUAGAGUCGUAUCAGCUGCGGGAUAAAAACUUUGCCGCCGUGAUUCGAGAAGUUCGGCAAACUUCGUGUCACAUGGCGCCUUAGUUACUACAAACACGACUCAACCUUGUACGUAUAAAGAAAAACUUUUUUGUGAAGUUUUGGACAUGGACAAAGGAGUCCGCAAAGAGGCUGACGCCCACGACACUGAUGUUAACGAGUUGUUUAGGAAGGGGCUCGAACAGCUCCGAGACUAUCAAGAACCGAAGAACAGGCCUGCCGGUGCGAGCAGUGAGAGCGCCCAACGAGGCGUUGAGCUCACGUACAAGGGGCUUUCAGAUGAGGACGCUGGCGUGCUUCGUCGCAUGUUAAGCACGGGCCCGCCCGUGAAGAAGGUUUGUAUAUGGCAGAUGACACUGAACGCCUUCCGGAUCGCAUUUGACGACUUCCGAGGCUGCUCUUCGCUCGAAGCACUGCAAGUGCUUCGCAUUGAAUGCGGAAGAGAAGAUUGCAGCAUAAAACUUUCCGGAUUGUUCAGCAGCCUGCGUUCUUUGGACUUGCGAUGCGAGAACAUAGGUACUGAAUUUGCGAAAGAACUUGCGAGCUAUCUGCGAGAAAACAAGACGCUUACGGAAUUCAGUCUUUGGUACUCCUGCGGCGGCGACGAGGGUGCUGCAGCGCUCGUCGAAACAUUAUCGGUGAACGAAACGCUCAAGAGGUUCACCUUGGCGCAGAUGAGUUUACCGUCGACGAUCUUUAUUCGCUUCGCCGAGGUGCUGGCGUCCAACUCAACACUAGAGGUGGUGGAGCUUUUCGACGUGCGUUUCGCGGAACAGGACCAAGUGCAGCGUUUGUUGGACACAGGACUGUGCGCGAGCGCCUUCAAGAGGCUUCGAUUGCAGUGCUGGCCCGAUCAGCUCCUUCCGCUACUCACGAGGCUCCUUCGGGAACAAGCGUGCCAUCCCGAGCUGUCCGUCAGCGUCACCUCCUCGGUCGACGACGUCGUUCUUCGGGAAUUCUUCGAUGCCGUGGCCGAGGACACGACCCUCCGCGCGCUCCACCUUUACCCGGGCGAGAAAACAUUCGACGCACUCGCGCGCGGCAUCGAUUCCGUUGUGAAGCGUACGACGACGCUCCGGGAAAUCUGCAACUUCAUGGGCGUGGAACCCGGCAAAGAGCGGCAGCUUGUCAGCAUCCUCGAUUCCUUGAAAGAGAACCGCUCCAUCGGGACGUUCGCAAUGUACGCCGAAUCGGUGACUGCGGAAAUGGCGAAGUCCCUGUCGGAGUUGCUCGCUGUGAACAAUACGUUGAAUACCGUGACCGUAUGCGAGUAUUGGGAAAUCUCGCCCGACCACGUAGAAACCAUCCUGCAGGGUUUGAGGAAUAACUACACCGUGACAGGUCUCCUGGUUUUCUUUGACCUUGAUGACCCCGAUGACCCCGAUGCAAUUACCGAGAUGGAAGAGCUUUUGAAGAGGAACGUUCGUCUUCAAAAGAAGGCGGCGGAGUUCGUGAUUUCGGGGAGUGGUGACGUCAGUGACGUGGAAGGGGCGGAUGCUUUGAAGAAGCUGCACUCAAGCGCUGGCCUUGUAGAGAAGGUGCGGGAGCUUACCGGCAAGACCAGGGAGGCAGCGUUAGAAGAAAUACAGUCAGCUUUAGCUCGCUUAUCUCCGUGAAUGCGGCUCCUGUAAGAAGGCACAUUUGAAUGCAUCUGCGAUAUCGUCGCCUCUCCGCUACUUCCGGCUGACUCGCUUUUACGAAGUGGGGGACAGUUGUCAUGAACUAACUACAUGCGCAGUUUCGUUGAUUGUGUGUACAUGUGGGAAGUAGGCGUCAAUAUGAAUAUUUUGCUGUGCAUGUUACAAAUGGAGUGUUAAUUUUGCGUAGUUUCUGAUGUGCGAAGGGAUGAAUAAACGUUCCGAAAACAAGGUAAUUGUUUGUAGUGCGCUGUUUCAAAAAAGUAUUGCAGGGUUCACUUAAUUAAGCACACUGUUAUCACGGCGUGUAAUCGUGCGCGCUCUUAUCUUUCUUUACGUACUAUGAUCUCUCUCGUUUCCAAUAUGUGUCGGAAGUUGUUAAGCCCUGUAUUUGUGUUGUUGGAUAAUAAAGGAGCGACAGAACCAUGAA